GUCUGCUGAAAUGUAUACAGUUUGGAAAUCAUACUUCUUGUUCUAUCCAGGACGAUGAUUCAUCCUUCUAGUGAAGCUGUGGCUUGCCUCUGCAUGUUUUGCAAUGCUGGCUGGCUUCAUAACAGCGUAACUGCGUGCUGUGACUCCUACCAGAUUUCUCGGCAAACAUCUGAGCAAGGAGCAGGCUAAUUCUUUAAACAAUGGCAUUCGCUUUUAGACAAUUCUUCCUGGUAGCUGCAGAUUUAAUGCUUGCAUUGGUCCUUUCCUGCUUCCUUUAUGCUUUCGUGUGCAUCUGCACUGCAUUCCUCACCUGCUUUGUCAUCGUUUUCUCCUUGGGGAUUGUGAAGAAAAUGGAGAGAAAUAUUGACAUAAAAGGGAGAGCCGUUGUGAUUCUAGUGUCCAACAGCUCCAUCGGACGGACGUUUGCCAGGAACCUGGACGAGGCAGGUUUCAGAGUGUCUGCUGCAUGCUGGCCACCUGAAAGAAAGUGGGCAAAGGUUCUGAAGGAGGAGUAUUCUCCAGACAUGAAGCUGGCACAACUCCCUAUAACUGAGGACGAGUAUAAGAUGACAAUGAAAACCUUGAUAGAAAAGCACUUAUCUCUGAAAGGCAUGUAUGGGCUGAUGAAGAAGCCUUCGGUCCUGAUGUGGGAAGAACAGGAGCCAGACUCAAACAGAUUCUCGGAGGGAAAAGCUUCUUAUAAAUGGAAGGAUGUUUGCAUAACUCCGGCCUUCCUCCUGGCACUUCUCUUUCUCCCUGUGAACUAUGCGGUGACUUUUGCAAAGAAGAAAAGCCAGCAGUUACUUACUAGCCUGCUGAAAUCCAAAAACUGACAGUACAGAAGGAAACUUGUGGAAUGACUCAACGGGUUAAUAAUGCCACAGUGAAAAGGAGCUGCAGGGAGGAGUAGCUUGGAACAGGACUGACUGAUUCCUGACUUGCAAGAAUCAAGCGCUGAAUGGUGUCUUCAAACUUAGUCAUCAGACAACGAGAAAACAUUGUGAAUUAUGUCUGGAUAGAAGACAAUUCCCCUAAUUGUAUUGCGGGUCUGCAUUCAAAUCACAUUUGUAACCAAGAAUAUGGUGAAUGUUGAAAUUUUACUGGGAUAAAUGAUCUAGAGAUGGAAGGAAAUAAUGAAAAACCUUCCUGAAAGACUGCUGAACAUUAAGCUUUCGACAUACGCUGUGCUAUGACUUGGCUUAAUUGAAGGACAAACUGUUGGUCUUUCAUCUUUCAAAUUGCAACUCAGAAUUAUCAUUACACAUGUGAAAUGUAGUCCAGUCCUGGCCCACAGAAAAGAACUGCAGUUAAACGUCAAACUGAGACCAAACUAACCAUUUUAAUUCAACCAUGUCAAAAAGUUUUGUUUUGAUGAAAGCUGUUGAAAUGAAUUGUUUUAACAUUUCUGAAAUGAAAGUUUUGGUUUCUAGCCAAAAAUGUUUGGCCUUCAGUUUUUCACCAAGAAGUCACCAUUUUCUGCAGUAAGCAGACACUUUUUAAAAAAAAUUCAUUUAGUCAAACACCCAAUUUGCAGUUGAAAAACAGUUUCAAUGGAACAUUUUUAAUCAGCUCUGGUGAGCGAUAACAUUUUGCCCAGAAAUUCCUUGUGCAGUUUCAGAUGGAUAAUGUAUUCUUUAUUUUCUCCGCUAAACUGUUGUGUAUCAUUGAUGUGGGCUUUUAAAUAGCUGCUGUUUCAUGGAUGGUUAAAUGAUACCUAUUUGUAUGCACAGUGGUGUGUAUAGCCUGAUUAUACAGUCCUUAUUUGGACAAAACACCUGUUGGUUUCAAUGGAAAUUUUGUUUGCUUAAAGGUGUGAUGAUAGGCUAUAAUUUGUUUAUAAUGCUUUAUGAUCCUUUGGGAUAAAAGGAACAAUACGUUUAUAAAAAUAUGGCUUUAAGGCAAUGCUGUCGUGAAACCCAAUUGUGAUAUACCUUCCCUUAGAAUAUUUUAAUACAAAUUAGCUACAAAGUAAUGCAGAAGUUAUAUGUUGAUAUUUUCAAAGCUGUCUAGGGGAUUUGAACGCCAAACUCCCUUCAGUUUUAGUGGAAGUCAGCCACCUAAAUCCUUUAAGCAGUCUUGAAAAUCUCAGUCAUAACAUGUAACAACAUUGACAUAAUUCACUGUUAAAGCUAACACCUUAGCACACUUAUUAUCACCAUAUGUCCCCAUUUAAAAGCCAAAGGGCAACCUAAUUUUGCCAGACCAAAACAGAUACACAAAAAUCAGAGCUGGUCAAAAUUAUUCGGAAAAGGAGAGAAAAAGCCUAAAAAAUGAAAAACAAAAACACAACUUCAUUUUAGGUUUCAAAAUUAAUAUAUUUUCAUGUUUUCUUUUCUUUUUUUUUUGGCAGAACACUGACAAAAUACAAGAGUUUUGAGAACAUUUUCUGGAAAACAAUUCCACACCCCCACCCCAUCACCUCCAAACAUACUCACCAUUUUCCAGCCGGCUCUAAUGAAAAUGUAGCUGGGCUACAAAUGUUUGGUCCCAUGGCAAAUAAACCCUCAAAUUCAAGAAGUGACAAUGGAAAUGACAGCUGAGCACUAAAGCCCUGAACCUUCUCCCAUUGAACUCACUGGCAAAAUGCCCAUUAAUGUCACAUGUGCAGGACCAAGCUGUAAAUACACCUGUCUUUCCUGGGUAACCCUCUCAGAACGUUUCCCAGCCAAAAAGGUUUUUUUCACAUUACAUGAGCGCUGACACUCUUUUCAUUUUCAAAAAUAUCAUUAUGGCAAAUGUUAAAACCAAUCACAUUCUUUGCCAGCUGCCUUUAUCAAAGCCACAGUCCCUAUAUGCCAACUCUAGCAAUGCAGUCCAAAAACACAGUACAAGGCCAAUAUCAGUACAAUGCCACUGGGAUAGCUGCUCCUCGAAGUGGUAAUUCUCCUCUUAGAAUACCUUGCUGUAUUUUCAGGCCUGGUGCUGCAGACUUCCCUUACACGACUAGUGUUUACUCACAUAAGCAGUCAUACUGAAGCCAAAUCCAACUGAGUACGGGCUACGCACCUGCAUAAUGAUCUGCUAGUUUAGGGUAAGAAGGUCUUUGGGGGCAGGAAUACCAUUUUAUGUGCUCGUGUCGCUGCUGAAAAGCGCUGUAAUGCAAUGCAAAUAAUAAAUAGCCAUUAUGGUGGUGUGAUUUUAUUUUAUUGUUGCUAACUUGAUCAAUAAAAAACAUUGAA